AUGGACCAAACCUUCGACCUCCCCGACUCGACCGAUUGGCUCACAACGCCACUGUCACUCGUCGCGCCUCUAGAGUCCGCCCUCCGCUGCCAGGUUUGCAAGGACUUCUUCGAUAACCCGGUGAUUACUUCGUGCAGUCAUACAUUCUGCUCACUUUGUAUUCGGCGGUGUUUGAGCACGGAAGGCAAAUGCCCCGCGUGUCGCAGCUCUGAUCAGGAAUUGAAGUUGCGGCGAAACUGGGCUGUUCAGGAACUGGUCGAGGCGUUCCAGAAUGCCAGACCUAGUGUUAUAGAUUUGGCGAGGAAGGCUGCUGCGCGGGGAAGUGCGACUGAAGAGGCAGAGUCAGAGGAGCCAGCACCUAAAAAGAGAAAGGUCGAGGCGGUAGAUGGACCUGCUGCGGAGGGCGUGAGGACUCGAUCGCAAACUCGGGGAGUGGGCUCUCAGGAGGAUCCUGUUGCGAUUGAGGUCAUUGAGGAUAGUAAUGAUGAGGAAUAUGUUCCAGAGGACGGACUAGUCGCGUGCCCGAUCUGCAGCCGGAGGAUGAAGAACGAGGCGGUAUUUCGACAUUUGGAUACAUGCACUGGAGAGCCGGCGCCACCGAAACAGUUGAACUUUGGCUCGUUACAACCAGUGGCGCAGAGAUCAAAAGACGCGCUGAAUAAAACACCAGAACGACUGCCCAUUAUAAACUAUUCUUUAUUGAAAGAUAAUGUGCUCCGAAAGAAGUUAAAAGAUUUGGGUAUACCGAACACGGGCCCGAGGCCCCUUCUGCAACGACGUCACACAGAGUGGAUGAAUCUAUGGAAUGCCAACUGCGACUCCAAAACGCCAAAGUCCAAGAGGGAAUUGUUGCGAGAACUGGAUAUCUGGGAACGUACACAAGGCGGCCAAGCGCAAUUAUCAGGUGAUGUCACAGAUACCGUCAUGCGCAAAGACUUCGAUGCGGCGGCCUGGUCAACGAGCCAUGAUGAUGACUUCAAGCGACUCAUUGCGAAUGCGCGAAAGAAGAGCGAAGCGCAGGUGCGCGCCACGAUACCACAAGAGAAUGUAGGCACAAAUCAGGCAACCGACCAACUUGCCAGCCAGACAACGUAUCAGCCUUCGAGUGCACCUGUUGUUGAGCACACAGAAGCCAUACAUACGGCGGAAGAUGCCCACCCCCCGGAGAGGUUGCCUGUAGAAGACAAAACCGUCAUUGUUCCUGAGGUACAGGCGCAGACGCUCCAGGGCUCAGUCGAUAGCCAGAUGACCAAUGCGCAAAAUUAG